GCCAAGGAUGCCUCCUCUAGUAAAGAGCUUGCCCUUUGUGCGUCUGUAAAAGCGGGGAGGGAAGACAGGCGUCGUCAUCUCUCGCCAACUCGGCUCUCGUCUCCAAGCACUAUCCUAUUCCCAGCUUCCUUCGAUAGAGAGUGACAAGACAUUACGAACCACCACUUUUACCCACCAUCACCAACAUCCGCCACCAUGCCCAAAUUCGCCCUCUUCGUCCGCGCCAAUCGCGACGCAGAGUCCGGUGUCCCCCCCACAACCGCCGCGAUGCAAGAGAUGUUGACCUUCAAUGAGUCGCUCGUCAAGGCGGGCAUCCUCGUCGCGGGCGAGGGGCUACUGCCGUCCUCGCGGGGCACUCGUGUAUCCUUCACGACCUCCGGUGAUACGAGCGUCGCGCCGGGUCCGUUCGAGGUCGAGACACUCGUGUCUGGGUUCUGGGUUAUCAAGGCGGCGAAUCUCGACGAGGCUACAGGGUGGGCGAGGAAGGUGCCGUUUAAGGACGACAGAUGCUCUAUCGAGGUUAGACAAGUUGCGGGGGAAGAUGAUUUCGGCGAUCAGAUGCCAGAUGAGCUGAAGGCUAAGGAGGGAGACCUGAGGAAGCAGACAGAGGGGACGGGCGGGGGAUCGUCUCUCAACUGGUCUCAACAUUGGCUUCGUAUUCCGUAGAUGUGGUUGUGCCAUUCCGUGACACGGCAUCCCGCUACUUUCCGAAGGUCCAGAAGGUCUACCUACAUCCGAUCGAGUGGCGUUGGGACCAGUCCCUCUAGUGCCAAUGUCCAUUCUGGGCAAAAUAAACAGGCAAUCGCACAAGGGAGAAGAAAUCGAGGUGAGCCUGCGUAGCCUUUGGUAUCUAUGACUGCCGUAUAAUUAUACUUGUAGGUGGUGGAAAACUUAUUUACUGCGUGUGCCUUGUCAACCUCCAGUGUGGUAGCCGAGACACCAAAGUGACGGCGUUGAGGAGCAGAGCUGCAAUUUCAGUCCUCAC